UCAGUCCGACACCGCGAUCCGAACGAUCUUCAGCGAGUUUUCCUCGCGAGCACCCCGAUAGUUUUGUGAUGUGAAGUUAUUAUUUUUCUGCGAAACUCUUCAACGAUAACGAAGCAACGAAUUCGAGUCGAAACCAAUUGUUAUCGAUCAUAACGAACCAUUUUUUCGGUGAAAAUCGAACGCACGCACGAUCAUUCGACCAAACGACGCAUCGACGAAACGGAACAUAGCACGCAACUUCGUUGUUUGGUGUGUGGUGUACACGUUUCGAUCCCGAAAAAGUAUUUUUAGCCGUAGCCGGUAGAGGAAAACUCCAAGCUCAAGUGACAAUCGAGAGAAAAAAAAGUCAUCGUCCAUCGCUGCAACAACGCAACGCAACGUCUAGAUCUAAAUCACCUUAACGCCUUCCAGUUUUGCUGGUUUACUCACUGGAUUUAGUGAAAAGUGGUGGUGAGGAAAGUUUGAAAACCGAGGGGAAAACUCUGAGAAGAAGAGUGUUUGAAGUGGUGGGGAAAAUUUGUGAGGGGAAAAUUGAGUGUUAAUUGUUUGUGAACCACGAAAAUUAUGUGUCCUUAGUGUGAAUCAAUCAGGCAAAAGUUGAAGAGAUUUAAGCGGAGGAAAGGAAGACAACAGGUGCAAUUAGUGCUAGUUUGUGAAGAUAGGAAGAACUGAAGAGAAGACCUAGUGAAUGCCGUUAGACCAAUUAGAAGAUAUUGUGGAAAAUUGAGGAAAUUUUCCACCAUUUUGACGGUCUCAAAGCUAGAAAAGAGUGAUAUGGAGAUCGUGUCAAUUAAAUGCCGUCGGUUUUUGGUUCUUUUUAGUUUCAUUUUUUUCUGUUCCACGCAAGUUUCCGUCGACGGCCCAAAAAAUGUUAGCUAUGCGUCGUGAAAGUGACCAACUGUACACCGGCAGCUCCACGAGUAGUAGUAGUACCAGCAACUACAACCACCAACUGUUGAUUCCGUCCCACGGCACAAGCAGCAGUAGUACUAGUGCCAGUAACAACAACAACAACCAAAGUGCUAAUUCGACCGCCACCAGUAAUAGUGCAUUAUCGUUGAACAACAACAACCUCAACAGCAACAACAAUCAACUCCUCGGAGCGAGUAGUUCUAGUGUCAGUGUUGCCAACUCCGCAGCUGCUAGUUCAGUGAACAACCCAAGUGCUUCCGAAUCGGGUGGAAGUUCUGCGACGCCUUAUCAUCACCAUUUGCAUCACCACCACUACCAUCAGGGGCAGCAUCAGCAGCAUCACCACCACCACCAUCAUCUUGGGCCGUCGGCUUUCAACGGGGGAAGUUCCGGCGGUGCUGGUUACGGAGGAGGAAGCUACGGCAGUGGUUACGGAUCGGGAAUUUCCAACCGCACCAACCCGAACGCCAGCCUCGACGAGUACGUGGACAUUCUGCAGGUGCAGCAGCUCCUCCUAGAAAACUCCUCCAACUCAACGCCUCCCGUAGGGCCCCCAACGCCGUCCGCCCCUGCUCCACCGAGCCUAACGAACGGCUGCAGCAUCUCCAGCUCCACCACCACGACCCUGUCCACGGCGUCCACGGCCAUCGGUGGAACAUCGUCGACCGCGUCGACGGCCAAAAACCGACCCAAAGUCAACCUGCAGAAAGCUUCCGAGUACUCGACGGCAACGAAUCAGCUCCAAGGCGAGUCCCCGUCCAAGCGGCUGCUUUUCGAUUAUCCCAGCCCAUACUUGUAUGGUAAUUAUCAUCCAUCGCCGAGUGACGAUCUGGUCGCUUUAUGGUUUGGAAGUAACGGAACAGGUGGCGUUGCCCCUGGACCACCAGCAGCUGCCAUGAUCAUGGAAGGGCUAGAAACCUUGGUUGCACCACCGCAUCACACAUUCCUGCUGACGGAAUCGGCGGCUGCGGCACACUUUAACGUGCUCAGUUUCGAUACCUGCGGCCUGUUCAAGACCGCGGCCACCACGACCUCGCUGGGCCUCAACAACAACAACUCGGCGACGCCCAACAACAACCAUCACCAUCUGUACCAUCCGUACCAUCACCAGACUCAUACUGCGACCCAGCAUCACCAGCAUCAGCACCAGCACCAGCACCAUCAUCAGCAGACGGCUCAGACGUCUAGCGCCAACAGUAUCAGCACCGCGUCAUCCUCCUCGACGACCCAGACGACCUCGACGUCGGCGUCCUCCACCUCCGUGUCCACCCUCAGCAACUCCCACCAUCCCCACCUGAGUCUCCCGACGGCUACGGCCACCGGGCACCACUCGUCCGACUCGAACCUGCACCAGUCGUCCGAGGAUCCCAACUCCCAGUCCCAGGGUGACGCCCAGCCCGGCGAUCUCAACACCCCCGUCACGACCUCCGGUGACAUCCCGUCCUUCUUCGGGCCGUCCACCGUCGUCGAACCGCCACCGAUCACAGGUAAGACCCGAACCAUGACCGUGCCACCUAUCAACCAAUCGCUCGAACUUAAUGACCUUGGCCGUUUUGACAGCUCGGCCUCAGAACUGUCAAAAAAUCAAUCGAACACCGUUAUUAUGAAUCACCCCACCUUCUACACCUGUGGCGUUGCCCCUGGACCACCAGCAGCUGCCAUGAUCAUGGAAGGGCUAGAAACCUUGGUUGCACCACCGCAUCACACAUUCCUGCUGACGGAAUCGGCGGCUGCGGCACACUUUAACGUGCUCAGUUUCGAUACCUGCGGCCUGUUCAAGACCGCGGCCACCACGACCUCGCUGGGCCUCAACAACAACAACUCGGCGACGCCCAACAACAACCAUCACCAUCUGUACCAUCCGUACCAUCACCAGACUCAUACUGCGACCCAGCAUCACCAGCAUCAGCACCAGCACCAGCACCAUCAUCAGCAGACGGCUCAGACGUCUAGCGCCAACAGUAUCAGCACCGCGUCAUCCUCCUCGACGACCCAGACGACUUCGACGUCGGCGUCCUCCACCUCCGUGUCCACCCUCAGCAACUCCCACCAUCCCCACCUGAGUCUCCCGACGGCUACGGCCACCGGGCACCACUCGUCCGACUCGAACCUGCACCAAUCGUCCGAGGAUCCCAACUCCCAGUCCCAGGGUGACGCCCAGCCCGGCGAUCUCAACACCCCCGUCACGACCUCCGGUGACAUCCCGUCCUUCUUCGGGCCGUCCACCGUCGUCGAACCGCCACCGAUCACAGGAUCCAUCGAGUCGGACGACCUGUCGCUGGAACCGCAGACGGUGUCGAGUCCGUGCGCCAGCCUGUGCAGUCCGACGAAGCAGGAGCGCAGCACGCCGCAGUCGAUCGUGAUCGAGGAAGAGGCUAGCAAUACCAGCAGCAACGCGAUGUACCCGGUUACGACGGGCAUUGGCAGUGGGCAUCACCAGACGGUGACGCAGUCCUCGUCGCAUCACAGUAAUAGCGGCAGCCAGCAGGAGAUGCACGACCAGUCGAUGGAGGCUGAAGAAAGCAAGAUCUCGUACAGAGGGAUUUUUACGACGACGGCCGGGGCCAGUAUGGGGCUGCAGACGGCUGCCGUCAGUGGAUCUCAGCUGUCGUUGAUGCCGGGUCAGAUGUCGCCGACUUCGGGGCUGAGCGGUUGGGGAUUGCCCAGUCCGGACAAGAGCCUGUUCCAGCCGCCCAUGUUUGGGCUGCUUGGUCCGGGACCGCAGAGUUCAGCGCAAGCUCACUUUGCCGCCGCUCAACAGUCGGCCAACUCUGCUCAAACUCCGUCGCCGGCCGGCCAUCACCAGCACUCGUCGCAUCACUAUGACGAGCGAACGCACCAGUCGGUUGAGCUGUUGGGCCUCAACAUGGACUGUCCGAGCAUUAUCCUGAAGCAGCCUCCGAGCUAUGCCAGCUGUAUAUCGUCGCUGGACAUGCAACAGCAGCAGCAAGCACAGGAAAUGCACCAGUACUCGCGUAGCCAGGGAUUGGGCAUGGGACAGACCCCCAAGUACCAGUGGUUGGACUCACCGGUCGAGUACGGCAGUCCCCAGCACAGCGUAGUCAUUCCCGGGCCCUCGUCCUCCUCCUCCACCGGAAUCAUCCCCAAGCAGGAACCGUACAGCUCCGCCCAGCUCCCCGACCCCAGCCAGUUGAGUCAACUGACGCCACAGCAGCAAGCCCAGUACGCGGUCCAACUGGCCGAGUACAACCCAUCCACUAGCAAGGGCCACGAGAUCCUGAACCAGGUGUACCAGCAGAGCCCGAUGCCGCUCAAGCUAGUUCCCGUCAAGCCCCGCAAGUACCCGAACCGCCCCAGCAAAACACCCGUUCACGAACGCCCGUACGCGUGCCCCGUCGAAAACUGCGACCGACGGUUCUCCCGAUCGGACGAACUCACCCGACAUAUCAGGAUCCACACCGGCCAGAAGCCGUUCCAGUGCCGGAUCUGCAUGCGCUCGUUCAGCCGGUCCGACCACCUCACCACCCACAUCCGCACCCACACCGGCGAGAAGCCCUUCUCCUGCGACAUCUGCGGCCGCAAGUUUGCCCGAUCCGACGAGAAGAAGCGCCACGCCAAGGUCCACCUCAAGCAGCGGAUAAAGAAGGAAAAGAACAGCUCAAGCAGCAGCAGCAACAACGCCGCCUCCAGCUCCGCCAGCAGCAGUCACCACCAACAUCAUCAACAGCAACAGCAGCAGCAGCAGCAACACCAUCACACCCAACAACACCCGCACCACCAUCACAGCCUACACCCGCAUCACCUGCUUCACGACGACAUCAGCGGUAUCCCGAUCGUGUCCUCGUCAAGCGCGGCCAGCUUGUAGACCGAGCUGCCGUCGAUCGACGUAAUGCGCCUGAACGAUCCCCAGAUUGAGCUAGUCCACGAUGACCCGUUCAUGGGCUACAUCGAAACCUCCACCUCCGUGCGUGACCCGGAACCCGACGACACCAGUGACGUCGACGUCGGCGAAAACAGCCGUCCGCCCGGGCCCCCCGUUCGUGUUAGCAGUGUUAGUGUUAGCAACAACAGUACGAUACAACCCGCCACAGACCAGCCGAUCGUGAUUGUUCUGCUAGUCGAGUAAGUAGCACACACACGCGCACCCUAUUGCGAACUCUGUCUAAACUGGUGCCAAACUCUGAUGAUCAUCACAAAACACCCGCCAAACAGAACAAUAGAGAGCGAACGAGUGGAAACUCAACUCACGACGCGCGCGCGCAAAGCAAAUCGUUCGACGAAUCACCCCCACAAACAAAGCAGGCGCCGACGAGCAGACGCGCAGCGGCGCGCCUGCUUGUCUGCGUGACGCAUCAGUGAGCAAAACAAAAAGGUACACACACACAAAUGCAGCAAAACACAACACUUUUUUCAAACUAACUUUUCUUCGGAGGCAAAAAAACUCGAAUGUUUUGCACAAUUCAAUGCACACACACACAACGCGCGACGCCGCGUUAUUGUUCUUCUUCGCACGCGCGCACACACACUCAAAUAGAAAAAAAUGUUUCGUCGAGGAACGUGUUGUGACCUUUGAAUCACUUAAUGCACACACACACGCACCGACACCCCCGUGGACCUAAAACCCAGAAUCUAGAAAUGAAAAGAUUGUUCUUUACUACAAUUUUAUCUCUAAAUACUGUGAUCUCAAUUUAUAAGUAAAUAAAAGAGAACAAAAAUAGACUUUAAAUGGAAGGAUAAAAAAAACAAAGGUGUUAACUGUACUGUAAAAGUGAAAAAAAACAUGAAUUUAUGGUGUACAAUUGACUUCAUAACAAAACAAAUGAAGAAGAAAAAGAAAACAAAAAAUCGAAUAAACAAAACAUAUUUAUUACCAACACGCACACACGUGCAGAAGGGGGGUUGCCGUUUUCUGAAAACACAAACGAUAUAGUUGCGCCCCCUUUGUUGUCGUUGUGUGCGUGUGUCUCACCGUACUACUCUGUUGUUUCGAGGCUCGAAGCAACGCUUAAAUUAAGUGAAUAACUUUGUGAUUUCUCACCCGGUAUUGGCGAAAAAAGGUGACAAACACAAUGACGUUACGCGAGAUGACGUUUGAAAAUGAGAUUCGCGAAAGCUUCUUGAAAAGAACGCUAAUUGUACUAAAAAAAAACAAACAAACUUACUAAAAACUAAACAGCGCUGCAGCGCCGUUGGUUUGACAGAUCAAGGAGAGGUGGCGAACUGUCACUUUUUCAAGCAUGUCAAGCUAACGGGGGUUUCAGCGUGCCGCGUGUAACACAAAGCUCUGUUAGGUUUUUGUGUUGACACACAUUGACAAACGACAAUCGGACGGUUGUUGUUGCAAGCCAGUUUCCUUUUAGAUGCUUUCAGUUUUAUAGUUAACGAUUUAAAAAAUGAAAAACAAUGUUUGUACAGAGUGUCUCGGAAGGAGUGAAAGCGCGCUGCCAUAUUAAGAUAUUUUUAGUUGCUUUCAAACAAACAAAAAAGUGCAUUUUUGUAUUAUUUCUUGUACAUUUUUACCAGGGAAAAAGUCCACACAAGUUCUACCAGUGCCAUUAGCCAAUUUUUCAGUUGAACAAGCAGCAUUCUGUAUUAUUUUGUACUUGUUUUAGCUUGCCAUAUUUAGGGAAAAUUCGCGCGAGACAGAGAUUCCACCGAUUCUAGAGCGAGUAAUUUUUCUAGAUUUUUUUAUUCUGCUAGUCUGAGUGCUUUUAGAUCGUAUGAUGUGAGGGAAAAACAAAAGAUAUCAAAACCGAGAGUGAGCAGCAAAUAAUAUAAACAAUAGCCAUAAAACCAUACGACAUAUAAGAAUGCUAAAACGAAAACACAGAAGUUAGAAACUACAAAACGCUACAAUAAACAAAGUUGCGCAAUCACAAAACUACUUUCUUUCUGACUCGAAUAAAACCCAAACUAAUCGAACCACUUACGAAACGCGCGAGAAAGCAAAAAAAAUAAGAUUAUUCUUUCUUUCGAAAUAACACAGUAAGGAACGAAAAGGCUUUAAUUAAUUAACAAUAGUCGGUAAGAGCAGCAACACUGUUUAGCGAAACUUUCUGUCAAAAAGAAAUGAAAAAAAAGUUAUUCAAAAUAAUAUUUUGCCAAAUAACACAAAUUUUUGUUAUCAUAUUUUUUUAGAAAAUUUUGUUCCAGUUUUUUUAUCUCUUCUCGCCCCUAAUUUUUUGCAGUUUUGUUUUCGAAUCUGUAUUUAUUACCUUAACUUUAACUUUAGUUAUUAAUUUUGUAUUUUUAAGUAAGUUUUUUUUCUAAUAAUAAACAAUAAAGCAAACAUUCCACAAACUUUAUGUUGUUCUUGUGUUUUUUUUAUCUCUCUUCAUUUCCGCUCGUUCACUGUCGCUUUUCUCUCCUCCUUUUCGUUACGUCAUUCGCACACUCACACUACAAACUUCGUUGGUUUGACACUCUAAAAAUUGACAGCGCUUACGCAAACCAUCAAAACAAACGUUUGGUAGUGUGUGUGAGCGCCGUGUAAAAAGGGGUUGUCAAUCUGACAAGUUCCGUUUGACAACAAUAACUGUCAAACUAGCGGGGUUAUCAUCAUAUAUAAAAAAACAAAGGUAAGGGCAGUGUUGCCAGUGCUCAAAGGGCCAAACAAAAAGGUGCAAAAAAAAAAUUAAAAAACAUAAACUCAAAACCAGGACCUGAAACCAUUUUUGUACACACACACAUUACUUUAAUGGCUUGUUCUUUUUGGGGGGCCGAAAAUGCGAAAGAAAACGAAGGAUUUCAACAGUAGCUGAGAGUUUUGUGGGUUGGAGACACGGAAAGUUACGACUUUUACUAUUCUUUUUCGGAAACGGAGUUUCCGUCCCACUUUUUUCCCACGGUAGUUGCAGUGUAGCUAGGUGAGUUAGUUAGAAAACCAAAAUCAGAGAAAUUUACGUAGAUCGAGAGGCAAAUUUACAGGUUUGAUAUGGCCUUACCCGUUUGAACCAGAUUUAUCAGCGACUCUUAGAGAGGACGCGUGUGCUCAUCUGCCAACAAAAAGAUAAAAAAAUACAAAUGUUACAAAAUGUGGCCCCGAGUUCUUUGAAAAAGACGCGACGCUCGGAAGAAAAUUUUGCUCUUAUAAUCGGCCUAUAGCAAACACAAAAAAAAACACACUCAUACAAACUGCAGUUAGUAAGACAUACAUGUAUACAAAGUGACACCUCUUGGAGAGAUAAUCUCUAAAAUCUCAAAAAAGUAAAAAAAAAGAAACAUAAAAAGUGAGUGCUUCAUGCAUACAGGCCCCGGCAAUUGGCUAUAAAGAGUACUAAAAUUAAUCAACGAGACAAAGUCGAAAAGUGUCAAUUUACAGACAAUUUUCCGAACAGAAAAAAAGGAUAAACUAAAUCUGCAACGAAAGACCUUAUGCAUCAAAUGCUCACGGAAGAGGAAAAUUUUGUCUAAAAAUAUUUUUUUAUUUUGAGAUUUCCAAACUCAAUCUAAUGUUCUUAUAUAGGAAUCUUAAGGGAAAAAAAUCAAUAGGAUAGUUGCAUCAUUCAUCAUCAAUUCUGUACUAGAUUAAGGUCAGAUUAAGCGAGAGAAAAGAGAGAAGAACAGAGGAUAUAUAUUUUAAAUGAACGAUGUAUUGUUAAGCUAAGAUUUACUGUUCAUUGCAUUAGAUAGACUCAAUUUUACGAUUAACUGAUUGAAGAGAAAUUGAAUACAAUAACAAAAAAACAGAGAUACUUUUACUAGAUAGAGCCAACCGUACUAAACUCGUAAGAAUUUAGUACGCUUGAAAUGUACAUCAUCGCGACGCAUUAUUUAUGAUAGUAAUAGUCGACACACACGUAAAAGAGACAGCAGUACAAACGUUUAUCGUAUAUAUAGAGAUUGUGAAGCAGAAACACAAAGCGCAUCAAAAUUUAAAACAAAAAAACUUCUAUACAAACUCUUAUAUCAAAACCAAGCGAAACAUCACAAUCUAGAAACUUUAGAACAUGUACUAAAAAACGGAAAAAAAUACAAGUUUAUUUUUGGAACUUAUUUGUGAUUUGGAUAUUACAGAACCAUUGGAGUGACUAUAAGAAUAACACAAGAAAACAAAAAUCACACACAUAAAUAAUAUUAGGUGUAUCUCUUCUAUUUAUAAUACACACACAAAACAGGAGAAGCGAAGAAAAAAGAAGAUCGACCGUGUAACGUGUCCGAACUGUCGCAUGUGAAUGUGACACACAGCGCUUAUUGUCCAACAGGAGGCAAGAAAGUGAGGAGGAAAGAAGUCAUUAAUCACUAAACUUACCGUUACCACGUAAGACAAAACAAAAAGAAGAAGAAAAACCAUACAUAAGUUGAUGUGCAAUCUGAAACCUUUUACAUUAGGGAAAAAAAACUUUGCUUAAGUCAGCAAACACAAUUCAAAGUCAGUCAAAUCUUAAAGCAUAAGAAAGUCCAUUCAGCAUUUCAAAAAAACACUCACUCACACACAAAGUCACGGUACACGAAAAUCUGGUUGUAAGUCUCUAUUUCUUCUACUAUUUGUGCACA